AUUCAGUUGACGAUUCGCACUUGACCAAUUAAGACCGAUACGUAACAUCAGCAUUAUUGCGAAAAUAUGAAGCACCUACGAAUAACUACUAUUGUUGUGUGUGUGUUUGUGGUCAUUGGGAUACAACAAACUCAUGCAGGGGAUGAUAAUAAAAGAUUUCAUUUAGCAAGUUGGAUAAGAGGUUUGAAGUUUAAAUUUGACGAUGGUAAUGUAAUGGAAGAAAUUGAUCCGUCACAGAAUAUAGAUCAAAUUGAGCAAGUUGAUGAUCCAACAUUGAAAAUAGAAAGCAAAGAAAAAGGCACUCACGAGUUUGGCCGACGACUUAUAAAACCUUUUAUCAAUGCGGCUGCGAGUGUAGCUUCUGGAGCUGCAUCACGAAUCAGUAAAGCAUUCAAUUUUGUUACACAUACCACAGGAUUGGAUACUAACUCAAGCUUCUUUUCUGGACCUGCUGAUUCUUUUAAACAUCAUAUAAAAGCAAUUUAUCCAGGUACAAGAUGGUGUGGAGAUGGUGAUAAAGCAAAAAGCGAUGAUGAUUUGGGAACAUUUGAAGACACAGAUAAGUGUUGUCGUGCGCAUGAUAAAUGUUUCGAGUUUAUUCCUGCAGGAGAAACUAAAUUUGGUCUACACAAUACUGGAUUAUUUACCAGAUCACAUUGUGACUGCGAUAAUGAAUUCUACAGUUGUUUGAAAAAUUCAACUGAUAUGAUUGCACGUAAAAUUGGAUUCACAUAUUUCUCUAUCCUUGGACCACAGUGUUUCAAAGAGGAUUAUUUUGUAUCUGGAUGCAUUCAUUAUUCAAGAGGAAAAUGCAUCGAAUAUAGAUCAGAUCCAACAAAAGGUAAAUUAUUCCAAUGGUUUGAUAGUCCGCUAUUUAUAUGAAAUUAAUUUUAUCACUAUGUAUUGUUAUUCACCUAAAUAAAUAAGAUGUUUUAUAA